UGUGCUUGUUUGUUUUUUUCCAGCGUUGUUACAGUUCUAGUUUCUAGGCAAAUAUUGUUGGCAAACUUUUAAUUUGCAAAGAAAAACACAGUUAAAAGUAAAAGAGAGAGAGAGAGCUCUCCGAGGUCAACUAUUACAGUCUGUCGGGAAGCUCUAUUCUUUUUCGGGAAUUAUCUACAAAGAUCUUUUUCGAAGGCUAAUGGCUUGGAUGCAUGAGGCACUCAGGGUGCCGAAUUGAAUAUGGCAGAGAACCCUCAAACAUGGCAGAUGUUUGUGAUACGGGGACUGUGACAAACAAGCUUGCUUCAAUAAUAACAACCACAUCUGAAGUGCAUUAUUGGGAAACUCAUUCUUGUUAGCAUAACUCCAAUGUGCCAGAGUUCGGUAAAUGGGAAAGCGAAGUCCCAUACACGGUCUAUUUUGAUAAUGCAAGGAAGGGUAAGAAUGGUGGAAGCAAGAGGGCUGAGGUAGAAAGGCCGGAGCAUGAGCGCAAUAGAAGCCAAGAAGAUACUGAGUUAAGGAUGGUAGCUGAUUCGACAUUGCAAGAUGACACUGCAGGCCUGAGGGCUGCUUUGGAAUUUCCCAAUCACAAUGGUGGUGUACGAUCUAGUAGUAACAAUGCUAAACAGGUAGCGCCUAAAAGCUCAGAAGCAUUAAGGUCAAAGAAUGAGCAACAUUUGAGCCGGGAAGGUGGUGACCUAAGGAGAUAUAGUGAUUCAGCAAUGCCCCGUGAAGCUGUAGGUCAGAGAGUAUUAUCAGAUUCACCUCUUCAUCAUCGUGUUGGCCUGUCCACUGGCAACAUCCCUAAAAGGGCUAUGCAGCAGAGUUCAGGGUCUGAUCACAGCAUUGAGCACUCACCUCUGCACCAACAUUACCAGCCAAGGAUUGGAGGAGGCAAAGGCAGUGGAGUGUCUUCUCCCUCAUGGGAAAGGAAGGGUUCGUCUCAAGGUAGUAGCCAUAGCUUAGCUCCAUUGACUCCAGGAAGAUCUCGUCUAAGAUCAGUUGCUCGAGACAGUGAAACUCCUGAUCACAGUGCUGCUGUUCCAAAAUUUGGUGACUGGGAUGAGAGCAACCCUGCAUCAGCUGAAGGUUACACUGCGAUUUUCAACCUAGUGCAACAGGAGAGGCAGGUUGAGGCAGGAAAUGCACCAGUUGUGGCGAGUGGAACUCCUUAUUCUAAUGGCAUUCAUAUACAAUCUGAUAAUAAAAAUUCCAAGGGCUGUUGCUGCUUUCCUUGGGCCAGAAAAUGAUAUAUGGUAUAUGUGGAGAAGUAGAAAGCGGCUGCGGUGUAUAUUUAUAUAGCUGGAGUGACUUUUUAUGCACAGAGUAACGUCUUUAUUGAGUGUAUUGUUUCACUUGGGAGUGCAUUCUUUCACUUGUUAAUGGAUGUGACCUGAAAGAAGUUGGGAUUUUGAAGGAAAGGCAUUUCAUUGCCCAGAAUAAAAAAAAAUAAAAAAAAUGUUUUGAGUGGGGAGCAGUAACCAGGUUUUCCGUUUUCUAGUUUAUCCUGUGUAGUUUAUCCUGUGUGACUAUAUGUUACGGUUACUCUUUACCAUAAAUGUUUAGUCGUUCUAUGUGCUUAAACUGCCCAUUUCCAGA